AUGGCUUGGUCCGAAGACGAAUCACAUCUUAGCCCCGUGAGCCGUCAGCAAAACUUAAUCAUCGGGCGUGCAGGCGAGAGAAUGCGUCUGCCGACGGCCAUAGUCUCCGGAACCUUGGAUCCGCUGCGCUGUGCAGAGAACGAAUCCCGCCGAAACUGCUCGCUGAAACCACAGCCAAUUCGGUUGAUGUUGAACAGUCCAGCAAAAGCAAAUUUCACUGUCGUCGUCGCUUUGAGCCCAGCAGGCAUGCUUGUUGCCGUUGUUGUCUUUCCAUCACUGCCAGGCUUCGUGCUGCUUGGAGCAACGUCCAUCAGCUAUACUUCUCUUGUUCUGUCGGAAGCGAACAAAUCACGACAGUGGAAACUUUGCUGGCUGAACGAAAUCCAAGAAAAAAGAAGGAUCUGA